AUGGCCCUGAACACGACGGAAAAGCCAAAGGGUGAUCAAUCAGGGCAUUCUCACAAACAUCCUCACAACAUUUCUCAUCUCACUAAGUGGGAUCUCAAACACUUCUUCUCUGGGGCGCCGCACUUCAUUCUUGAGAAGGGAAGGAACGAUUAUUGGUACCCGCAGGUGCUUUUCCCAUGGGAUUUGCAUGUCACUAUGAUUCAAGAUCUGUGGGAUACGCAACCACUGAUGCACCCGUCCUUUACGCUGUCGACAUUACAUGCCCAUCUCCCAGUGCCAGAUGAAUGGUCUAAGAAGGGGCACACCAUGAUGUGGAAAACUGACCGGAGAAACAGCGAUGUAAUAAGACGGGCUUCUUUUGACGUAGGCGUCUUCGAAUUUCCAAACAUGAUAUCCAUGAACGGCAAGGAACCGGGUUCUGUGGGGUUUCGUCAUUUCCUCGAGCUGCCCGUUGCCGAUAAUAAAAAAUACAAAGGACCGCCUGUGCCAAAAGGCAAUGAUUUUCAGAGACUUGCUGCCUUGCCGGUCUCUGAAGCAUUCCACAUUAUGGAGCAUCUCAGCAGUCCUUACUCAGAAUGCAACAACGAUAUAGUCCACGACCGUCACAAGCUACUCAUGGAAGGACCUCCUGGAUGGAAGCGUAUCGGGGUUCGGGAUUUCACCAUUGAAUCCGUGGUCAAUCGACUUCAGGAAUUGAGUAGAAUACGUCACGAGAUCCUUGUGGAAAGAAGUGCGAAAACUGUGCUGGACAGGCAAUCUACACGCACACUGUACGACAAUCUAUUUACCAAAUUUCUCUAUCCCCCGACGAGGACAUUCGAACACUUGGAUCGUCACAGUCUGAAAACCCAGAUCGAAGUCUUGACCGAAGUACUGGCUACCAAAGGAGCUUGGUUCGACUUCAGUCUGACGGAGUGGCGUAUGCGCAUUGGUCAAAUUCUCUGGGAAAUGCCGCCUCAUCCGGACGGAGAUUUCCUGGGUACGAAAGACUGCCCUCCUGAUCAUUACAGGGUUUUUAGUGAGCGUGGUCUUGAUAGAAAGUGGUUCUUACUACAGAUGUUGCUAGCAGCGGAAUUACUGAUACGCGUUGAUGCUGUUGUUCGAGUGGGUAUACUUGAGGAGUCAAAGGAUAUCAUACUCACCAUACAGGAUAUUGAGCGAUUUGAUAAACUGCGUUCUGGCAAGGUGGACUGGGAUCUCAUUCUGGUGCGCCGAUUCUUCGAUAACGUGGAUGUACAACACUAUCAGCAUUUUCCAGCACACCACGAAGAGGGGCAGGUCCCUCCGCAGGACAGACCAGCUGGUAGGCAUGGUCUCCUGUCAAGAAUCGGUAGUCAUAAGCACCGAGACGCUCUGGUCACCAGUGCUGAUCCAGAGUCGGCAUGGGACUAUGUUCUGGUCCCUCGCCAUCCAGAAAAGCAAUUGCAGGGCCUUUUUAUCUUUGCACAGAGCAUCGAAUGGCCUGGAGCCGAUGAGUUGAAGGAGAAGCUGAGCUCCAAAUUCAAAUCUGGGGACAGCUCCACGGAUACUGCUAGCAUCUACGCAUCACCAGUCCAUAACACAUUCCCGGAAAGGUAUGUUCAGACAUUGGACAAGAACGAAAUGUACCGCAAAAGCCAGUCACGGCGUUUACUCCUACUGCAGUGGCCUCAGAAUGUCGGCAAAGACGGCUCCUACGAACGUGACGUAGGCGGUUGGAUGUCCCGUACGUGGCUGUCUGGUUUAGUUCUUCCAGGCGAAGCAAUCGGUCACUUUCUGAUAGCGACGGUCCUUGAAAAUGACCCCAAAGCCAUGAAGGCACUUGGACCACUUGCAAAUCUGUACGGUGGAUUUGUGUAUGAUGAUAGAAGCUGGUGGAGCAAAAUGUCAGUCGUUGGAAGAGUGCUCUCUUGCUUGGACAAGACUACAGGUUGCAUGGGUUGGAUAAAAAGCCAUGUUGUCCCUCGCGACGUGCACACAGGAGAACUUCUUGGAGAUACAUGGCUCGAAGUCGAGACGAGAGAGGUGCCGCAGAAGUCACGGAAACCGCGCAUUCAACACGGAACCCAGCUGGCGCUACAAUCUACACCUCUUGGAAUCGGUGCCCUUUCCAGUGAUACAUUCUCGUUGCCUGUGGACCAACCCGUCACGGACACGACAGCGAUAACGCUCGAGGGCUUAUUCCUAUCUAGAAAAACUGAACAGGAGACCAUGCAGAACGGUAUCACGGUCGCCAAAAAGGCAUAUGUCGCCUUCCGCUUGAUGGACGUGGCAGCUUCUAAAGCGACCAUCCUGUCGUUUCCAUUGACCUACAAUACCCAUUUUAUCUCCUCUUAUGCAUGUCUGCCACCACACGGAUACGCGACCAACAGCCGCAACCCGUCCCCGGACAAGACCACCAUCCAGCAGCCCAAGCCAACUAGUGGGAGAUCUGAACAUGCAACAGCAGACCGGCUUCCUGGUCAUCCGCUUCACAUGUCUUAUCCGUAUCGGUAUAUCCCUCUAAGAUCCCUUGCUGAUAUUGGCGCAUCCGCGCUUCCCUCUGAGUCACCCUUUUCAGAGACAUGGAUCUUGGAUGCGCGGGGCGAGAAGGAUCGGGAGGCUUUCGCACGGGCAUGGUGUGCUUCUGUCGGGACCAGCGCGGUGAUAAGCCGGGUGGGAAGAACAUGUCUCGCAUGCAGCAUCAGAGAGGCCAGAGCGGUAGAUGUUGGGAUUGUGAUCCGUGUCGGAGAUUGA